AAGUGGAUUUAAGGGAUCAUAGCUUUCACCUGGUCAGUCUAUGUCAUGGAAGAGCACGUGUUCUAUACACUGUUUUGUACACAGUGUAUAUUCACUCAAUAAAAAAGCAAAAGCCAUUUAAGAUUAAUUUUCUGGAAACCGUAAUAUCAGCUGGUUAUAUCUUCAAAAAGGCAGUAACCUCAGCGGUGGUGCUUGCUUGUAGAAGCCUGCAAUGGAACAGCCUUGUUUUUGUUAAUUUAGCAGACAAGGCACUCUUAUUUCCAGAGCAUUUAUCACAGUCAAGCCACACCUAUGUUCAGGGAUGCAAACUCGUCAUCUUUCUGCUAAAUGUGCCAUUUUGGUUCCAAAAUAGGUGACCUACGGCUUUGGAUCACUCCUGUCUGUAAGCGAACGAGUGAUGCGCGUUUGGAGCAAUAAGCGUUUGGAGCAAUACUGGCUGUAUCCAAGGCUGAGCCUUUUGCUAGUUACAGCAUCAGCGCGCGCUCUGGAAAGACUGCGGAGAGUGGAAUGGCAGUUUGACAGUUACAGCAGCGCGUCCCCUGAACGAUAACAAAGAGGUCCGUGAGAAAGCCUGACCACGGAGAUGGGGGUGAGAAGAUGAUGAAGCGUAAUUCAAGAGCUGUGACCAAAAACAACUGGCAUUUGGAAAGUUUGAGGAGUGAAACCAGACUCUCACUCUGACUACGGGAUGCAUCCUUCAGUGGAACCAGGCCCAAAGACGUCCAAACCAGCAAGACCACACCAUUGCUCCCAGUGUGGAAAGAGUUUUACUAAGUUACGAAACCUAAAAGAGCAUGAGAGGACACACACAGCAGAAAAGCCUUUCCAAUGUUUGCAGUGUACAAAGAGUUUCUGCUGGUUAGGGAAGCUAAAAGUACAUGAGAGAAUACACACAGGAGAAAAGCCUUACCACUGCUCUCAGUGUGGAACAAGUUUUACCCAAUUAGGGACCCUAAAAACACAUGAGAAAAUACACUCUGGAGUGAAGCCUUACAACUGCUCUCAGUGUGGAACUAGUUUUACCCGGUCAAGGGACCUGAAAGAGCAUGAAAGAAUACACACAGGAGAGAAGCCUUACCACUGCUCACAAUGUGGAAAAACUUUUACCUGGUUAGGUAGCUUGAAAACGCAUGAGAGGACACACACAGGUGAGAAGCCUUACCACUGUUCCCACUGUGGAAAGAGCUUUCCCCUAUUAGGGAAUCUGAACAACCACGAGAGAACGCACACGGGAGAGAAGCCUUACCACUGCUCCCAUUGUGGAAAGGGUUUUGGACAAUUGGGGCAUCUAAAAGUGCAUGAAAGAACACACACAGGAGAGAUGCCUUACCAGUGCUCCCAUUGUGAAAAGGGUUUUGGACAAUUGGGGCAUCUAAAAGUGCAUGAAAGAACACACACAGGGGAGAAGCCUUACCAAUGCUCCCAUUGUGGAAAGGGUUUUACCCAAGUAGGGAGCCUGAAAACACAUGAAAGAACACACACAGGAGAGAAGCCUUACCAAUGCUCGCAUUGCGGAAAGGGUUUUACCCAGUUAGGGAGCCUGAAAUCACAUCAGAGGAUACAUACACGGGAGAAGAAGACCCCAGGAAGGGCAGCAGCUAAUUUGAAUCCAUAAUAAAAAAUAUAUAUAUAUAAUACUCCCAGUGUGGAAAUAGUUUUGGACAAUUAGAGCCCCUGAAAUCACAUGAGCUACUAGAGGCUGUGUUCUGAGUUAUGUUUUUGACUGAGAAAGUGUUUUUGUUCAUGCCACAUGAAACUUAAUUGUCUGAAAGAUGUUUUUUUUCCAUCACAAAUUUGAUUAAAAUGUUAAAAUGUGUAUUUUAUUUUGAUUAUAAACUUUGAUUGAUUGGAUACAUGUAUAAACCUUUAGAUAUUGCUUGAUAUAUGAUUUUGGUAUUUUAAAAUGUAAACUAUUCAAUAUAUUAAUAAAAUGUACAUUUCUUGACUAACCUUGAAACCUCUUGAAUUUAGUUUUAUUUGAGUUAAUUUGUGUACUCAUAAGAGCUUUGUUGUGUAUAGAAAAGUAAAUAUAUUGGAAAUGUAUAUAAAAUAGUUUGGUUGAUUUAUGAUUGCGGAGAAAGAUCUCGAAUUAUGUAGAAAUGCUUAUUAAUAUAUGGAAACCAAGCCAGGAGUUUUUGUAUGGAGAUCAAUCAGUUUUGAAUCUGUUUAACAAAAAUAUUAAUGGAUUAUUUUUUCGCAUGUGCAUUUGAUAAAAUAUAAGUUUUGUAAUGCUAAAGUUGUUAGGAGUGUGCUAAUGUAAGUAGGACACGUGACAUCCCGGCAACUUUAUAUCGGAGUUUUGCCUGUUGUUCACACACGUGUCUGCCCUCUCAUUGGCUACAAUUGUCCCACCUGGUUUUGCCUCCUCCCGACUGCCUUCCAUUUUUGAAGACAUUUAUUUUAAUUGUUAAAGAGGCCACUUGACUAUCUGGACUAUAUAAUGGAUAAUCUGCGGUUGAGCUAAUUAGGACAGCUGACUGGGGCUUGAUAUAUAUAUAUAUGUACUGUGUUUUAUACCAUGUAUUGUAUCUUGCCUAUGCCACUCUGUCAUUAAUCAUCCAUAUAUUUAUAUGUAUGCGUUCUUAUUAUAUUAGUUUUGUGGGUAUUAGGUAGUUGUGUGGAAUUGUUAGAUUACAUGUUAUAUAUUGCUGCACUGUCGGAACUAGAAGCACGAGCAUUUCGCUACACUGGCAACAACUUUUGCUAACCAUGUAUAUGUGACCAAUAAGAUUUGAUUUGAUAUAAACGGGAAAACACCACCUUCAGUUUUCUACAGUUUCAUUUGGAUUUAAUUUACCUGCUAUUUUAUCAUUUUUGUACCUUUUGGGAUUUUUGCAAUUCAUAUCACUUGGAACCUGUUAUACACUGAUUUAUAUAUGUACACUAUAUUACUGACACGGCAUGCUGUUUUGAACCCACCGCGUUUCCAUCUUGGUACCCCCCCACUAUUGUAAAAAAAUAUAUAUUUUGGAAGCUAUAGAAAGGCAUUUAUUAAUGUCUACAUUUAUUUUGCCAAGUUUAUUACAGACAUCUGAAUGCAGACGUUUAAAUGUCAUUGUGAGCUAAGCAAAAAACAUCCAUUUUAUUUCAAGUAUAAUUUUUACUUGAAUACAAAGAAUAGUUAAAUACAUGUAAUUUGUCCUUCCAACAUUUAAAUGAAAUACUGAAGAAUUCUGUUCUCCAACUGGUUUGACAUUGGGAAUGUUCUAAAAUAGUUAUCAUUCCGAGUCAUGUUCUCAAAAUGUUCAAAGAACGUUAAGAAAAAACUUUCUGUACUUCAGCAUAAUGUUUCCUACAGGUUUCCUCGUGGUUCUAUUUAAAGGCAUGUUCUCAGAAGGUUCAGAGAACAUUAAGAACCAAUGUUCUUCUGUGGGAAUUUCUGACAAACAAUGAUUCAUUUAAGACUGACUUUGAGUUUCCCUGUGUGAGAAUUUCCACGACAGUAUUAAAAAUAAACAAAUUAAGUAAUCAGA